CUUAUCUAAUUGUCGCGCCAAUUAACGAUGUAACUUAUUGUCCCGUGCUUUCGUCGCAUUUACAUCUUUUGCCAGUAUUCUUACCCUAUUUAAUUGUCGCGCCAUUCAUCUUGUAAAGCUCCCAUUCCCUGGGGCAUGUUUCUGUUAUUCUCGACACUUCUACAUCAUUUCAAUAUUGUAUACUAGGCAACAAUUUGCCUGUCUGUUCUUGUCUGUGUCACAAUUUCCAUACUGUAAAGUAUACCAUUGUCGCGCCACAUUUCUAUGUAUCGCUUGCUAUGUCAUCUUCACUGCUAUCUGUACUUGUAUUUUGCUAUUUUAUUAAUAAAUGCCGAUGCAAGGCGCCCAUGAGCUCCUAACCUUCAAACUUUCCUAUCAACCUUUCAUUCACCUUCACCUAUACCCUUCGCAUAACUAUCUCUCCUUCUUUCCUUUUCUGGUUUCGGGGCUAUACCUCUGAGUGCGGCCCGUCACCAAUUCCCACGAUGUCUAUAGCAAGGGAACCAGACUCUCGAAGAAACACAGGCUGCCGACACUUUUAAAGGCUUACGAUAAAACCCAAGAAAUAUCAACAAAGAUACAUAUUAGUGAAUUUUUGCAAAGCCAAGAUUCUCACCCUAGCUGUCAUAUUCUAUAAAAUUUGUGACAUCUGGAAAUCAUUCUUCAAAAUGGUUGAUAAAGAUAUCCCUAUUAGAAGUUAUGAAGAAGCUGUCGUCGAAGCAAGGAAAUUUGGUGCUACUGAUACGAUAACAUUCUAUCCUUCACUACUAUUAACUGUACCAAGAGGAGGACCUUUCAUCCAAAAAAUGCAAGGCAAAUCAUAUCGAGAAAAGUCAGCCAUAUUAGGACAGUACUUUAAUGAGGCUUCUAGUAAUGCAGCACCUAUGGCAGGUAUGUUGUGGCUUCAUAGCAAAACCUUCUUUGAUGCAGCACUAAAAGCAAUGAGUAAUGAAAUCAUCAAGCCCAUAAAUGAAAUAUAUGAAGAAUUCACACAUGGUGAAAUGGGCACGGAAACUGCACUAAGAGUAUACCAAAAUGCUGUAAACAAAUUUCGGGAUUCUCUAAAGAAUGAACUUAAUCAUGCAGAAUUCUUUGCAAUAGAAGGACACACCAAAACCACUCUUAGAGUAGGUCAAGCUGUUCUUGCAACUUUAAUGAGAAUGCUGGCUAUCAUGAUUGAACAGCGAGCUGAGCGUUUAGCUGUGGAUGGCAAUGUCAGGAGACCCAGUCCAGCAUACAUGGAAGCUUUUGUUACCUGGUUAGCAGACCCAACUCAGGAAUACCAAGGCCGUGUCCCAUUUGAUAAAAGACAAGCAACUUUUAGAAAGGAAGCUAUAAGGUAUAAAAAAGAGGAUGAAGCCAAUUUCAAAGGGAAAGGAUUCCUCCUUUUAGCUACUACCAUAGCAAAUCAGACACAAAAGAAAGAUCCAGAGUACAUUAAUAAAAUAGUUGCAACAGAUGAUCCUAUCCUUGAAACAGCCAUCAAGGAAGCAAAACUUCUAAUAGCAGGAGUAGGCAACCAAGGUGCAAGCAUUUUCCAGCAACAGAUUGCAUCAGCUGAUAUUAUAUUUAACUCCUAUUACUGGUUACGAAAGUUAGGUGUAAACAGCAGAAAUGGAUUCAAAGUUGUCAACAGGUUCCUUUAUCAGUUAGGACUAGCACCCAUUGGCACAGAAAAAAGAGAAGAACUCGUUCGAAGAAACAGAAGUGAACUUAUAAGAAGAUUCACUGAGUUCACUACAACUCUAACCAACAUAUACACACCACCAUUCAUUUGUACCUACUCAAGAUUAGAUGAUAUGAUACCAGUACUGGGUAGUAUUUGUGUGACCAACUAUGCAAAUACAGUGAUCAAACAGUCCGCUAGCUGGAGAAACAGCAUCAACAUGAAAAUUGAUGUAGAAGAAACACUCAGAAUUGUGACCGACCUUUUCCUAGUCGAAGAAAUAGCCAAUCUAGGGGAAGGCAAUAACAUAUAUAGAAGCCUCCAUUUGUUUCAUCAACUAUUACUGACUAAAAAGUCACCAUAUGAAUAUGCAGCUGGAAUUGUUGGUAAUGCUCUGCAAGUUGAAAUCUUUGGCAAAGGGCAACUGAGUAAACCAAAAGCACUCCCAGCACCAGGCAGCACCAAGUCCGAAGGAUCUACAUCUGCUCAAGAGGAAGGAGAAACCUCAGCAGGUGUUCAAAUUGAAGAAGUAGAAUAG